CUUACAGAUUCACCAUCAAAAAGACACCUCAUCUCUCCUCCUUCCAAAACUCAUAGAUUUGGAAGAACCAUCAUUAAAAAAAUCCCUUUGAGAUGAACAAUUCCUAAAUCAUCCUCGCCCUCUUCUUCUUCUUCAUCAUCAUCAUCAUCAUCAUCUUCCAUUUCGAGUAGCAUCUGAUCCAAUUAAACAAAAAAAACUGUGCAAUUCUUGGUGGAUGAAGUUGGGUUUUCAUGGAUUUUCGUUUCCAUUCCUAUGUAAUUUCGUUUUCUCAAUAAAUGUCUAAUCGAUCUAUGAUGAUCAUCGAGAAAUUUGGGGAUUUUGGGUAAAAAAUUUCAGUUUCUGCAAGUUUUUUGAUCUGGGUCUGUGUAAAUUUUUGUUUUUUUGGAGAAAAUCGUGUUUGAUCGUUGUGGGUUUGGUUAUAAUUGUAAACCCUGUUAUGGGUCGUUAAGGAUUCAAGCUAAUUGCUAUCAUUUCUGGUCAUUUUGGCCUCUUUUGAUCCAUUUUCAUCAUGUUCUUAGUGUUUCUUGCUGUUCAUUCUGCUACUCUUUCACUUGGGUUUGUUUUUUUAGCUUUGUUCGAGCUCAAAUUGUAGUGAUCGAGUGGUGAUUUUGAUCUGGGUUGGGUACUUUGGCUCUAAAUUCAACGAGUUUUUUUCAAACUAAUCCAUUGAAUGCCUUUGAUUCUCCAUUUGUUUGUGUUAUGAGGAAUUUAUACAGGCUUGCUUUGUUUGUUCUUAUGUAGACUUAAGAGUGGAAGUUUGUUGAACAAUCGGAUUAAUCUAGGUAGAUAAUGAAUGAUUCUUCUCCCAUGUUCUUGAUUUACAAUGAAUCGGCUAAUGUUUAGUGAUGUCUUUGUUCUAUGUGUUCUUGAAAUCUCAGCCAUUUCUAUCAAGUUUGGGCACUGCAGAGCCUUUGGCAGUGCCCAUGGAUGCCACGACAAGCGAAACGGCGCCUAUACAAUUCUGUAGCAUUCCCGAUCAAUCGGUUUCGAGUAUCGUUACCAAUCCAGCAGCGUCGACAUUUCCUUUAUCGAAACGCCAUUGCUUUGGGGAGUCCUGUCCGGGUGAAUUCCCCUUAGCUGCUAAUCCUUCUAUUGUUCUUCAUGUCUUGACAGCAUGUAACUUGGAUCCGAAAGACCUUGCGAAGUUAGAGGCGACGUGUUCGUUCUUUAGACAGCCUGCGAAUUUCGCUCCUGAUUAUGAAUUAUCGAUUUCGGAACUUGCUGCGUUGGAUAUGUGUCGAAAGAGAGCUAUAUUUAAACCUAUGACAACAGAGCAGCAGCAAGGUUUGAAGCAAAGAUGUGGUGGUUCAUGGAAACUGGCAUUGAGGUUUUUACUGGCUGGAGAAGCUUGUUGCAGAAGGGAGAAAUUCCUGGCGAUAGCUGGACCCGGUCAUAGCAUCGUGGUUACGUCGAAAGGAGCUGUUUACUCGUUUGGUUCCAACAGCUCAGGACAGCUUGGACAUGGUACGACCGAAGAAGAAUCCCGACCUCCUCGCCUAAUCAGAUCCCUGCAAGGAAUUCGAAUAAUUCAGGCAGCAGCAGGGUCCGGGAGGACAAUGUUAAUAAGCGACGCCGGGCGUGUUUAUGCAUUUGGCAAGGACUCAUUUGGUGAAGCUGAGUAUGGAGGUCAAGGAGGUCAAGGAGGUCAAGUCGUUACGACACCGAAGUUGGUCGAAUCGCUUAAGGAUAUAUUUGUGGUGCAAGCUGCAAUUGGCAAUUUCUUCACUGCUGUACUAUCAAGAGAAGGUAGAGUGUAUACAUUUUCUUGGGGAAGUGAGAGUAGGCUCGGUCAUCAAACCGAACCGAACGACUUGGAACCACGGGCAUUGACGGGAGCCUUAGAGAACGCUCCCGUUGUUCAAAUUGCUGCUGGAUAUUGCUAUCUUCUUGCUCUAGCUUGUCAUCCUAAUGGCAUGUCAGUGUACUCUGUAGGGUGUGGACUAGGUGGGAAGCUCGGUCACGGUUCAAGAACAGACGAGAAACACGCACGACUCAUCGAACAAUUUCAGCUUCUGAAUCUUCAGCCAGUCGUGGUCGCUGCUGGUGCUUGGCACGCAGCCAUUGUAGGUCAGGACGGUCGAGUUUGUACGUGGGGUUGGGGUCGUUACGGGUGCCUGGGUCAUGGAAAUGAGGAGUGUGAAUCUUCUCCCAAAGUUGUGGAAGCAUUAAGCAAUGUCAAAGCAGUUCAUGUUGCUACAGGAGAUUACACAACCUUUGUAGUAUCGGACGAUGGCGACGUGUAUUCUUUCGGUUGCGGAGAAUCCGCUAGUCUGGGGCAUAACAAUGGCGUCGCCGCCGCCGCCGCCGCCCAUGGAGAGCAGGGGAAUCGGCACCCUCACAUUUUAAGCCCGGAACUGGUAACGUCUUUGAAGCAAAUUAACGAGAGGGUAGUUCAGAUUAGCCUCACUAACUCAAUUUACUGGAAUGCACACACCUUCGCACUGACCGAGUCGGGAAAGUUGUAUGCAUUUGGUGCUGGUGACAAAGGGCAGCUCGGAGUCGAACUUAUGGCGAAUCAAACCGAAAGGGGAAAUCCAGAGCGAGUUGACAUUGAUCUAAAUUAACCAAACAAGAACAAAGAACGAACUCAGUAACUUACUCUCAGCAAACACAGCUCCAUUUGGCGUAUGAAAUUAUUAAUUUGUAAAUAGAAAAAAAGAAGUUUAUGGUGUUUAUAGUCUUGUUAACAUUCUAUGGAAGCUUCAGAUGGAGUUUAGGGUGGAUUUGGUUUCGUCUUC